UCCAUUUGUUGCUUGCUGCUGCUGCUCUCAGCUGCCUCUCGCAAAAUGCGCUCUGCCGGCACGCUGCUGUUGCCCCUCGCCCUGGGUCUGGGGCUCUGCGCCCUGGUGCAUUCUUCAAGGACUGGGGGCGUCAGGAAAAGAGGACCGUCCGUGACCGCCAAGGUCUUCUUUGACAUAAGGAUUGGAGACAAAGACAUAGGCAGAAUUGUAAUUGGCUUGUUUGGCAAAGUUGUACCCAAGACUGUGGAGAAUUUCAUUGCUCUGGCGACUGGAGAAAAAGGAUAUGGAUACAAAGGAAGCAAAUUUCAUCGUGUGAUCAAAGAUUUCAUGAUUCAAGGAGGAGACUUUACUGCUGGAGAUGGCACUGGAGGUACUAGUAUCUAUGGAGACAACUUUCCAGAUGAGAACUUUAAGCUCAAGCAUUAUGGCAUUGGAUGGGUCAGCAUGGCAAAUUCUGGGCCAGAUACCAAUGGUUCUCAGUUCUUCAUUACUGUGACCAAGCCUUCCUGGUUGGAUGGAAAACAUGUAGUAUUUGGGAAAGUCAUUGAUGGAAUGACUGUGGUGCACUCCAUAGAACUCCAACAAACAGAUGAACAUGACCGUCCACUUUCAGACUGUGUGAUUACAAAUAGUGGCAAGAUAAAUGUAAAAGACCCUUUUGUGGUUGAAGUUGAUGACUGGUAACAACGUGAAGAAGAGAACAAAACUAACGUUUACUCCCAGGGGUAACUUUGGGGGUAUUUAGAGUGACUUUUUUUUGUUCCUUAUUUUUUCACAUAAAAUGCAUAGCAAAUUUGUUCACGAAACAGGAAUCAGUGGCAUAGAUCAAGCAAAAAGAACUUUUAAAAAAUUGUUCAUUUCAGCAACUUGGUACUUAGAAGAAUGCCAAGAGAGAGUAACAGAAAUGUGGUGCUAUUUACUAAGAAAUUUUUGGUGUAAGGAACUUUGUAUGAUACAAAGGUGUGGGGAAAGUCUAUCUAUCAGAAUGUUAUGUUUCUUUUUAAGGCUACAUAGAGAUAAGCCAAAAAGAUAACAACCCCUAUGCUGCCCUAUGGGGUUAUAUGAAAAAGGUAUCAACAUAAUAUUUUAAAGCCCCAUUGUUGGUUUUGUAUUUAAGUACAAGUUCUUUUCAGCUGAAGAAUAAAAUUAAUGUAUGUUACAGGGUUUUUUAUAGGAAUAAAAAUAGUUUGAUAAUUUGUACAUUAAAAGUGUUAUUAAACUGCUUUUUUCUGUUUUUAAAUUAAGAAAUAUUUAAGUGCCUUAAAAUAAUAGAAAGAACACUCAGUAUAAUUUAUCUUUUUUGAAAAGUGAGCCAUUUUGCUUAUACUUUAUGCCAAAAAUACUGGCACAACAGAAUAACUUGAGGGAAACAUGCUGAGUAUCUCUAUUGGCCUCAGUCUUAAACUAUCCCUUGUAGGAAAUGCCCCUUACAGAUUUGGGUGGUUUGUUAAUGGAGAGGGCAGGAACAUAAAUAGUGGUGGAAGAAACACUGAAAAAGUGUCUCACAGAGAAAAGAUACUCAGAGAAAAGGUGGUUGACAUGUUUUGUUUUGCAGCAUCAAAACUGCAUGAAGACCUGGAAGUUAAAAACUGAAAAACCUUGGUCUCUAGGACAUGGUAACUAUGGGACAAAACUAUUGCCUAACUAUGGUAUAGAUGGCAGAAACGCAGAUUUUGUUUUAUCACCAAGAAAGGGAUGUGAGUUAUCUCACUGAAGAGACCUUCUUUUGGACCAGAAGGCUAGCUAAAAUGAAGGCUCACAGGAUGGCAGAGCUGAGCUCAGAGAAGAACUGAUAUAUGGACAGACAUCUGAUAAGAUCUAAGUAAGAGGAGACCUCAGAACUUGCACUUCCUGCUCCUCCUUACCUUUUCUCUAAGUUUUCUCUGGUUUACCUGACCUAUACUCACACUGUCAUGUCAGUGAAAGUUUCAGAGGGGGUGGCAACUGCCCAGAAUAUGCUGGUAAAUGUUUAACAACUGAUUCUUUUGGAACAAAAUAUGCACACAACAUACUUUUAAGUUUAAUUUAAAUUAUUAACUUUUUCUCCACCACUUUCUUAGGUCUAGACAAU